CCAAGAGUUUUUUUUUUAUGCGAUUGAUAGAGAAACGGCGCCAUUAGAUGGCGCUGUUCAGACGAUUCUUCUAUCGGAAGCCGCCGGAUCGGCUUCUAGAGAUCUCUGAACGGGUCUAUGUGUUUGAUUGUUGCUUCUCAACGGACGCAUUGGACGAAUAUGAGUACAAGACAUACAUGGGAGGUAUUGUAGCUCAGCUGCAGGAUCAUUAUCCAGAUGCUUCUUUCAUGGUUUUUAAUUUCAAAGAAGGAGAUCACAGGAGCCAAAUAUCAGAUAUAUUAACGCAGUAUGAUAUGACUGUCAUGGAUUAUCCUCGGAAAUAUGAGGGGUGUCCUGUAUUGCCACUGGAGAUGAUCAAGCACUUCUUGCGAUCCAGUGAGAGCUGGCUUUCAAUCGAGGGCCAACAAAAUGUGCUGUUGAUGCACUGUGAGAGGGGAGGGUGGCCUGUACUUGCUUUCAUGCUUGCUGGUCUUCUUUUGUACAGAGAACAGUACACCGGUGAGCAGAAGACUCUUGACAUGGUAUACAGGCAAGCUCCUAGGGAACUUCUUUAUGUUUUAUCACCUCUGAAUCCACAGCCAUCUCAGCUUAGAUAUCUUCACUAUAUCACCAGAAGAAAUAUUGGCUUAGAUUGGCUGCCAUCAGAUAUACCUUUUGCUUUAGAUUGUAUUAUACUCAGGGUCCUUCCUCAAUUUGAUGGUGGGAGGGGCUGCCGACUGAUGGUUCGUGCCUAUGGUUUGGACCCUGCUUCACCGACGUCCAAUAGGAGUUCUAAACUCCUCUUUUCAACUUCAAAGACAAAACAACAUGGUCACCUCUACCGACAGGAAGAGUGUGCACUUGUGAAAAUAGAUAUCCACUGUCGUGUUCAAGGAGAUGUUGUUCUUGAGUGCAUCCAUUUGGAAGAUGAUUUAGUUAGGGAAGUAAUGAUAUUCAGAGCUAUGUUUCACACGGCAUUUAUUCGCUCAAAUGUUUUGAUGUUAACUCGUGAUGAAGUUGAUGUCCCAUGGGAUGCAAAAGACCAAUUUUCCAGGGAGUUCAAAGCAGAGGUACUCUUUUCGGAUGCUGAUGCUCUUCUACCUAUUAUCACUACUGAAGCACCAGAUGAGGAAGAUAAUGAGACUGAAGGAGCUUCACCGGACGAGUUCUUUGAGGUGGAAGAGAUAUUCAGCAAUGCUGUUGAUGGACAGGAUGGAAGAGGGGAAUCUGAUGCCCAUUCAGUUCAGGACAGUAUGCAGGAUGAUGACAACAUUGAAAUAUGGAAAGAAGAGUUGGAGCAUCAUGCCUUUCAAGACUGUGCAUUUGUUGAAGGUAAUCGCAAACUAGAAGAAAAUAUGGAUUCUACUCAACAAGCAUCAAAAACAAAUAGUUUAGGGGAUAAGGACAACUUGAUAAACUCCGAGGCUGUUAUUUCUGAUGUUUCUAGUCACAAAGACUCAGAAGCAGAAACACCGGGGGAAAGUGUCAUGUCACAAGAAGGAUAUAAUAAGCAAGAUGUAGAAGGCCCCUUGAGACAGGAGAGGCAGGGCUCACAGUUUACAGCUGAUAUCAAUAAGGGAAAGAAUGAAAAGGCACUUUCAUCUCUAAAGAAACAACUAGCAUCCAACUCCAAACUUGCUGUGGAUGGGAUUGGACCUAAAAAUAAAUCUAAACAGAAAGAAUCCCUGGGAACUCUGUCGCGACUAGCAAAGCCAAGUGCAGUGUCUCGGUGGAUCCCUUCUAAUAAAGGUUCUUACGCUAAUUCAAUGCAUGUGGCAUAUCCAGCAUCAAGGUAUAAGAGUGCUCCACCUGCGCUUGCUGUUACAAAGGAUUCUCAAUCUGGGUUUAAAUCAAAAUCGCCCUCUCCUCGAGCUUCUUCAGAAGCUAAAAUUCUAGCUGGAGCAGGUCGUAUUCCAAAGAAACGCUCUUCAUGUCCUGCAUCAUUAGACAUGUCAACAGUCAAGGACGCACCUGUUGCAAUGACCUCUUCAUCAGAAUCAGUUGAGAGUCAGGCACUUGACCUUCAGGCAUCCCCUUCAAGUCCCCUACCUUCAUUUCAAUAUCCAAGUACUUUAUCACUUGAAUUGCCUCCUAUUCAGGAAGUAAGUACUAACACGCCAGCUUCUGCAACGCCACCUGAGUCUUCACAGGAAGACCAUAUUAUAACUGCUUCUUUGACCCACCACUCCUCCCCUCCCCCACCUCCCCCACCCCCACCUCCGCCUUCUCAAAUCCUAUCACGUAGCUCUCAUAGUCAAAAUGUCAAAUCCUUUUCACCACCACCCCCGCCUCCACCUCCGCCUUCCCCUCCAUCAUCAAAUGGCUUGAGAAUGGCUCAUAUGGGUAUCUCUCCUCCCCCACCUUUACCACCCACAUUAUCUACUGUACUGAAAGUUGGUAGGGUAUUGUCACCAACCCCCUCACCCACUUCUUCGCCAAAUGUGGCUUGUGCAGCAUCCUCCUUGGUAGCAGUAACUCCACCUCCACCUCCACAUGCACCCACUGCACCAAAGCUAGAAAGUCUUAGAAUAUCCACUCCACCACCACCACCUCCUCCCCCUCCCCCUAUACCUGCAAUUUACAGUGCCCCUCCACCAUUUCCAAUUGUGCCUGGAGUUUCUUCUUUGCUAACAAUGAGUGCUCCACCACCACCACCACCACCACCACCACCACUUCCUUCUUCACCUGAGCUACCUUCUUUACUUGGUGCUUCAGCUUCACCUCCCCCACCUCCUGUGCAGGUUUCUCCUCCUUCACCACCUUCACAGAAUGAUUCAGUUCCACCUACCUCAACUCCUUCACGAAAUGCACCUCUACAAUCUUCGCCUCCACCAAGUCCACCUCUAUCUACACCUCCACCUCCACCUCCACCUCCACCCCCACCCCCACCUAGCACCACCACCACCUCCUCCCCUCCUUUGCAUGUUGCACCUUUACCAUCUCCUCCAUUAUCAGCAGCUCCACCGCCUCCUCCUCCUCCAUUACCAGGAGCUCCACCACCACCUCCAGCUCCUCCUCCCCCACCUUGUGGCAUCCUUCCAGUUCCUCAACCUCCAUUCUAUGGCGGCCCACCAGCUCCACCACCUCCCCCUUACGGUGGCCCAUCAGCUCCUCCACCACCCCCUUACGGUGGCCCACCAGUUCCUCCACCUCCCCCUUACGGUGGCCCACCAGCUCCUCCACCACCCCCUUAUGGUGGUCCACCAGUUCCUCCACCUCCCUCCUAUGGUGGCCCUCCACCUCCUCCACCUCCCCCUGGUGGUGGUCCUCCACCACCUCCUCCUCCCCCUGGUGGUGGAGGACCACCUCCUCCUCCUCCUCCUCCCGGCGGAGCACCACCUCCUCCACCACCUCCAGGAGGUAGAGCACCGGGUCCACCUCCCCCACCACCUCCUGGAGGUAGUGCACCUGGUCCACCUCCCCCUCCUGGAGCUCCAAGAGCACCAGGUGGUGGACCUCCCCCACCACCACCAUUUGGCGCUAAAGGACCUGGGGCAGCCGGCAGAGGACUUCCUGCUGGGAGAGCUCCAGCACUUUCACGGUCAAGAUCUAAUUUAAAACCAUUGCACUGGAGCAAGGUAACCAGGGCACUACAGGGAAGCCUAUGGGAGGAACUGCAGAGACAUGGAGGGCCUCAAGUUGCACCAGAGUUUGAUGUGUCAGAAAUUGAGAUUCUUUUCUCAGCCACCCCCAAGGCAAGUAGUGCGGGUAAAUCUGGAGCAAAGAAGAAGUCUGCUGAUUCUAAGCCAGACAAGGUUCAACUGGUUGACCUAAGAAGGGCAAACAAUACAGAGAUUAUGCUCACAAAGGUGAAAAUGCCACUUCCAGACAUGAUGGCAGCUGCACUGGCAAUGGAUGAGUCAAUUUUAGAUGCAGAUCAGGUGGAGAAUCUGAUAAAAUUUUGUCCUACGAAAGAAGAGAUGGAUCUUCUUAAGGGUUACACUGGUGACAAGGAGCUUCUGGGAAAGUGUGAACAGUUCUUUUUGGAGUUGAUGAAGGUGCCACGAGUAGAGUCGAAAUUAAGAGUGUUUCUUUUCAAGAUUCAGUUCAAGGCUCAGGUGACAGACUUCAAGAAAAGCUUAACCACUGUGAACUCUGCAUGCGAAGAGGUCCGAAGUUCUUUAAAAUUGAAGGAGAUAUUGAAGAAAAUUUUGUUUCUUGGGAAUACGUUAAAUCAGGGAACUGCCAGAGGUUCUGCCAUUGGAUUUAAGUUGGACAGUCUUUUGAAGCUCGCUGAUACACGUGCUACUAACAACAAGAUGACACUCAUGCAUUAUCUUUGCCAGGUUCUUGCUUCCAAGACACCAGAUCUUUUAGACUUCCAUGAAAGUCUUGUAAGCAUGGAAGCUGCAUCAAAGAUUCAAUUGAAGUCUUUGGCAGAAGAAAUGCAAGCAAUCAUCAAGGGGCUGGAAAAAGUUAAGAAGGAACUAGAGUCAUCCGCGAAUGAUGGCCUGGUGUCUGAAAUCUUUUGCAAGACCUUAAAGGAAUUCAUUGGUGCAUCUGAAGCAGAGGUGGGAUCUCUCCGGGAUUUGUAUUCUGUGGCGGGCAGAAAUGCAGAUGCACUUGCACUAUAUUUUAAUGAGGAUCCCGCCAAAUGUCCAUUUGAACAAGUCACUGCAACCCUCUUAAAUUUUGUGAGGUUAUUCCGGAAAGCCCAUGAGGAGAACUUGAAGCAAGCUGAACAAGACAAGAAGAAAGUUCAGAAGGAAGCCGAAAUGGAGAAUGCAGAAAAGAAGCAGCUUAAAAAAGAAGGAUGAGAAGUAAAUGGGGAUGAUUCAUGCUUCAGGGAAUUUUUGGAGUCAUGUGGCCUCUGUCUGUUGGUUAACUAAGGACAUUGGUCUUAAGUCAAACCAUAAGCCUCCAAUAUUGAUCUAUCGGCUUUGGCUUUCUCUGGGCUCAAGAAAGAACGUCGAACAUUAAAGCUCGUGAACCUGCAAAUAGCAGAAGUGCUUUGCAGAGGGAAACUGAAAAGGACACAUUCUUGUCUGGGCUCUUGGAGUGCUUUGCAGAGAGAAGCUCAAGAAAACACACUGUCGUCUGAGCUCUUGGAUGAUGCAAGGAACCCGUUGGUCCAAUAAUCGAUCGCCUGGAUUUUGUUAUUGACGGGUGAUCAUGACUGCCGUCCGUCCUGGAGCGUGUGCUGCAUGAUUAAACAGCGAAAUGCAUCUAAAGAAUGUAAAUUUGGGUAUGCAUUUGUUGAACAUGCACGAUGGAGUC